GGUCCUGGGGGUAACGAUGGAUGGCAGCUGGACAUGAGCCAGCACUGUGCCCUCUCUGUCCUGAAUGCCAACUGUAUCCUGGGCUGCAUCCAAAGUAGUGUGGCCAGCAAGGCAAGGGGGGGGAUCCUGCCUUUCUGUACUGUUCUGGUGAGGCCUCACCUGGAGCGCUGCAUCCACAUGUGGAGUCCUCAGUACAGGAGAGAUGUGGACCCAUUGGGAGUGUAUCCAGAGAAGGGCUGCAAAAAUAAUUGAUGGAAUGGGACACCUCUCGUACGAGGAGAGGCUGAGAGAGCUGGGACUGUGCAGCCUGGAGAAGAGAAGGCUACAGACAUACCUGAGAGUGGCCUUUCAGUACCUAAAAGAGGGCCGUAAGGAAGGAAGGGACAGACUCUUUAUCCGGAUUUGUUGUGACAGGGCGAGGGGAAAUGGUUUCAAACUAAAAUAGAGGAGAUUUAGGUUGGAUUUAAGGAAGAUUUUUACAAUUAGGAUAGUGAGGCACUGGCACAGGUUGCCCGUGGAGGUGGUGGGUGCCUUGUCCCCUGCAGACAGCCAAGGUCAGGCUGGAUGGGCUCUGAGCUGUCCCUUCUCAUUGCAGGGAGUGGGACCGGGUGGCUUUUAAGUGUUCUUUCUAACUCAAUUCUGUGAUGAUUCUAAAUGGGCCUUGAUGUGGUGACGGGCUGUAAGCUGGGGCUCCUUUUGCCAAAGAUGGGUUACGUAGCUGUGCUGCUUCACCGUGGCUUUGGAGGAAGAGGAGGACGGAUCCUUUGCAGCUCCGUGCUGUGAUGGAGGACUGAAAGUCUGUGUCUUAUUUUAGUGCCGAAAGCAAUGGGUCUGUGAGUAAUUGUUUAACCACGAGCUAUGUCAAAGCAGCUGUGGAAAAAGAAGAGUUGACUGAGAUUUCAGAGAUGCCAGUCCUCAUGAGAAGCUUCUGGGGGAAGGCAGGCAGGGCUGUGGUUUUGAAUGUAAUACCUCUUUUGACGAGCAGUCAUACCCCAGCAGUCAGCUGUAGCCGGGCCGUGCUCAGGCUGAGGUGCUUUAUUUACAGACUGCGCAUUCAUUCGUUCAUGGACAUUGAGGCCCAAGGAUAAAUCAUUAACUGCAACACUGAGGCAGCAGCCAGGUGCCCGCUGAGCUGCAUUCUCUCUCUGCUCCCCAGCACUGUGUGUCCGCUCGCUGCCUAAUCCACAAAAUCCAGCUGUUUGCCGAAGCGGUCUCUCAGUUAUUAAUGUUAAUUAGCCAAGUUCUGCUCUGAAUAUUCCUGUGAUAUGCUCUUCCAAAACAUACAAAGCGCUAAGCCCGUGUAACGAGCACGUCUGUAGCCAUCGCUAAUUGGCUGCCUCCCUCUGAGGACGUGUCCAUCUCUGGGGAAUGGGAGCUUUGGUGUUCUGCAGCCGGGGAGCCAGUCCCCUCUGGGCUCCCUCACAGACCUGUGCAGUAGUUACGUUGUUAGGUUUCUGGCCUUUGUUUUAGUCAUUAGUUUCUCUUCUGUGCGUUCUGCUUAAUAAACAGCGCCGUUUUUGAUGUUAUUUAUUACCAAAUUUGUCAUUAGUGCGUUAUUGUAAUCAGUGCCGACGAAGCGCUCUGUUUCGUGUAUCCUCCAGGUGGGGGCUGUGAUUUAAGUGCUCUUCUGAAAAGCUUUUAUGCCGUGAGAGAGGCGCUCCUCAUGCUGGCAGCAGCUCUAAAUCUCUGCCUCUGAAUACCCAUCCCGCAGCACCACCUCCUUCUUCCAGCUCUGUGCCAAGGAGAGUCACUUCCCCCCGCAAAUGGUGCUCUUUGCUCUAUAGGAUCCAAGUGAAUGAGUGGACAGCUGGCUACAGAGGAGAGACAGACUCUGUUUGAUCACCUUUUCCAGGAUCUGGCAAAGCUCCAAGCUGUGAAUCCUGUAAUACAAAGAUGCUGAGUAACCCGUUGGAUUGCUGUGCUGCAGAGGAGAAGCACCCUUGAGAUCAACACUAAGAGAAAGAAGAAAAGUAGUGAAGGAUUGAUGUGUGAUGCAGGACAGCUCUGAGCCAAGAAGCAGUGCAGAAGUGCUGGUGAAAAAGAGAUUUGGCAAUAGGAACUGUCUGUUCGAGACAGAGGAGAGAAGCAAAGAAGCCACUAACACAGCGCCCUGACUUUCACAGUUCAUCAGGAGGGAACCUGCAUGACAGAGGAACAGCAGAGCAUCAGCCACACAGCAGCGAUGAGCCCGAUAUUGGUACGAGUCUCUUCUGGCUCGUUCUCUACAAUGGCUGGUGCCUCUGCAUAUUCAUUGGAUGGUAAUGCAGGAUGUCGAGAGCAGCGGUAGAGUUUGCCUUGAUCCCAUCGUGCUUUUCCUCUGCUGGUGAAGUCUUUGAAUCGCCAUGAGAACGCUGUGACACUUCCAGCAGGUUUCCUGCAGACCACGGGUGGGCAGAGUGUGGGCAAGGUCAAGUCCAACCGAGGAGCCAUCGUCACAACAAGAUGAAAUUCCCGUUCUAUUGGCUUCUCAUUAAGCAGGCACAGUAACGUUUCUUUGUAGAGACUUGCUAAACAAACUCUUUUGGUUAUGGCUACUGAUCCAACGUGACUGGGCAUGUGGUGACUGUUGAACUCAUGACUGGAUAUACAAUGUUGCGGAAUGGGGGAGUGGGGAACGGAGGCCAGCCGUGGUUGUUGAGGUGGUCCAGUCGGAUCCGGCUUACCUGGCUGAGUUUCAUCCUCUUUGUCAUCCUUGUCUUUUUUCCCCUUAUUGGGCACUACUACCUGACGACCAUCGAUGACGCAGAUGAUGCCGGCAAGCGCAUCUUUGGCCCUCGGACUGGCAAUGAGCUGUGUGAGGUGAAGCAUGUGCAAGACCUGUGCCGCAUCCGCGAGUCGGUCAGCGAGGAGCUGCUGCAGCUGGAGGCCAAGCGGCAAGAGCUCAACAGUGAGAUUGCCAAGCUCAACUUGAAGAUUGAGGCUUGCAAAAAGAGCAUCGAAAAUGCCAAGCAGGACCUGCUGCAGCUGAAGAACGUCAUCAGCCAGACUGAGCAUUCCUACAAAGAACUGAUGGCUCAGAACCAGCCAAAGCUCUCCUUGCCAAUCCGGCUGCUGCCAGAUAAAGACGAUGCGACCUUCCCCCUGCCAAAAUCCAAUCGGAACUGCAGGCUGCACAAUUGUUUUGACUACUCGCGAUGCCCACUGACAUCUGGCUUUCCAGUCUAUGUCUACAACAGUGACGAUUACCCUUUUGGUAGUUCCUUAGACCCUUUAAUUAAACAAGCCUUUGAGGCAACUGUCAGAACUAAUGUUUAUGUUACUGAGAAUGCAAAUAUUGCUUGUGUGUAUAUAAUUUUAGUGGGGGAAAUGCAAGAACCUGUAAUGCCAAAACCUACUGAACUAGAGCAACAGUUGCACUCUUUACCAUAUUGGAGGACUGAUGGACAUAACCAUCUCAUCAUCAAUUUGUCAAGGAAAUCAGAAACUCAGAACUUUCUUUACAACAUCAGCACGGGGCGUGCCAUGCUUGCCCAGUCUACGUUUUAUGAUGUGCAGUAUCGACCGGGGUUUGAUAUUGUGGUGUCACCUCUGGUACAUGCUAUGUCUGAACCUAACUUCCUAGAAAUCCCACCCCAGGUGCCAGUCAAGCGUAAAUACCUGUUUAGUUUCCAGGGGGAGAAGAUUGAGUCUCUCAGAUCUAGCUUGCAAGAAGUUCGCUCUUUCGAAGAGGAGAUAGAAGGCAAUGCCCCGGCUGACUACGAUGAUCGCAUUAUCACCACCCUGAAGGCUGUUCAGGACAGCAAGCUGGACUUUGUUUUGGUGGAGUUCACAUGUAAGAACCAGCCUAAGGCGAGUCUGCCCACUGAGUGGGCUCUGUGUGGAGAAAGGGACGACAGACUAGAGCUACUGAAGCUAUCUACUUUUGCACUGAUAAUCACCCCCGGGGACACCCGGUUAGUGAUCUCCGCUGGGUGUGCCAUGAGACUGUUUGAGGCUCUGGAAGUUGGAGCCAUCCCGGUGGUUCUCGGAGAGCAAGUCCAGCUACCCUACAAUGACGUGAUCCGGUGGAACGAGGCAGCCUUAAUCAUACCAAAGCCACGUAUCACAGAAGUGCACUUUCUUCUGAGAAGCAUUUCUGACAACGAUCUCCUUGCCAUGAGGAGGCAGGGCCGCUUCUUGUGGGAGACCUACUUCUCCACCUCUGAUAACGUGUUCAGCACAGUCCUAGCUAUCAUAAGGACUCGAAUCCAAAUCCCAGCUGCUCCUAUCCGAGAAGAAACUGCAGUGGAGAUUCCCCACCGAUCUGGCAAAGCUGCUGGUACAGACCCCAACAUGGCAGACAACGGUGACCUGGACCUGGGGCCUGUGGAAACAGAACCACCCUAUGCAUCUCCCAAAUAUCUCCGCAACUUCACCCUCACUGCAAUGGACAUCUACAGGAAUUGGAAUUCUGCUCCGGGGCCUUUUCACCUCUUUCCCUAUACUCCCUUUGACCCUGUUUUGCCAUCGGAAGCGAAGUUUUUAGGGUCUGGGACUGGAUUUCGACCAAUAGGUGGAGGAGCAGGCGGCUCUGGGAAGGAGUUCCAGGCUGCUUUGGGUGGCAACGUCCCCCGGGAGCAGUUCACAGUGGUGAUGCUAACUUACGAGCGGGAGGAAGUGUUGAUGAACUCCCUAGAAAGGCUCAAUGGUCUCCCGUACUUAAAUAAAGUUGUGGUAGUGUGGAACUCUCCCAAGCUUCCCUCUGAGGAUCUCUUAUGGCCAGACAUUGGUGUCCCGAUCAUGGUUGUCCGCACAGAGAAGAACAGCCUGAACAACCGCUUCCUGCCGUGGGAUGAGAUCGAGACGGAAGCCAUCCUGUCCAUCGACGACGACGCUCACCUUCGCCACGACGAGAUCAUGUUUGGGUUCCGUGUCUGGAGGGAGGCGAGGGACCGCAUCGUCGGCUUCCCAGGGCGCUACCAUGCGUGGGACAUCCCCCAUCAGUCCUGGCUCUACAACUCCAACUACUCUUGCGAGCUCUCAAUGGUGCUCACUGGUGCUGCCUUCUUCCAUAAGUACUACGCCUACCUGUACUCCUACGUGAUGCCGCAGGCCAUCCGCGACAUGGUGGAUGAGUACAUCAACUGCGAGGAUAUCGCCAUGAACUUCCUGGUCUCACACCUCACAAGGAAACCUCCCAUCAAGGUGACCUCCCGCUGGACGUUCCGCUGCCCUGGCUGCCCCCAGGCGCUUUCACACGAUGACUCUCACUUCCACGAGCGGCACAAGUGCAUCAAUUUCUUUGUCAAGGUGUAUGGGUACAUGCCCCUGCUCUACACCCAGUUCCGCGUGGACUCGGUCCUCUUCAAGACCCGCCUGCCCCACGACAAGACAAAAUGCUUCAAAUUCAUCUAAAAGCAGGAGGGAGCAGGGCACCCUCUGCUUCCGAACUCCAUCUGGAGGUGGGUGGGGCAGAGGGGGGCUCUUUAGCCGGGCUUCAAUGCUUGAUGCCUCCUGCCAUGGACUCCGGUCUCCUCCUACGGAGCACGAGGGACAUCGUGGAUCUCAUGGUUCUGUGAAGAUGCUCCCUAGGAUCGUACACUGAGGAAUGGUGCACUGGCUAGUGGAUCUGCCCCUUUUCUAGCCAAGGGCGACCGUUCUUUUUAAUUAUAAUUAUUGUUAUUUAAAAUGAAAGUGUUUUAGAUUUGCCGCGUGAGGCUUUUUUUUUCCUUUACCCACCCCAUUUUCCCCUCCUGACCCACCACAGCGAGGCCAGCUCGGAGCUUUUGGGCUACAGAGGUUUCUCCCGGCAUCGAGGCAGCUCCAGUGACCGUGCUGGCCCCAUCCCUUCUCCACGCCUCUCACACACCGUCUUGUCUCACAGCCACAACUGAGGACUCCAGCUUUCAUCCGUCCGGGAGCACUUUGCUGCUGGGCUCACCACGCAGGGCCCACCCAAGAGGGGUGAGUGAGGAAGAAGAUUGGUCCCAGUGGGUCUUUACCUGGCUCCCAGCAGCAGGCCCUGUGCUGUCAUCACUGUGGUCUUAUUCCUAGUGCCCUGUGCUGCAACCAUAGGGAAACCAAGCUGCCCUGUGUGUUCCUAGCUCGCCUGCUGGUGUUGCUGGGAUGGGAGAUGAGGUAUUGGUCCUUUCGAGAUGAUUUAAUGCUUCACAGGGUGGGGAAAGGAGAAGGGCAUCCUCCUUUGUGCCAGCCAAGCAGCACCAAAAUGAAGUGCCAGCGAUCGCUGGGGUCCCACCCUGCCUCAUCCCCAUCGCAAAGCCACGCGUGUGCCCAGGGUGGAUUUACCUGCCUUAAACCCUCGUCCUGCCUGCACACACGCGUGGCUCUGGGCUGUGUUUGAAGGUUAAUCCCACAAAGACAGUCCAUUCAAGUGGGCUGGGGAAUAUAACUGGGAUUGUGGUCAUGGAGCCGGAUUUGGAGCUGGUUCCUUCCCUACCCAGCAGAUACCGUCAGCUCGACGCACUGCUCUGCUUGGCUGUGGUCCCGUGGGAGGAGGAAGGACACGGCUGCUCUUCAGCAGCACCACAGAGCGCAGGGAAAUGAGGAGAGAGGCGUCUGGUUGUCUCUUUGUGUAUUGUUUCUCCUUUUUGUUUUAACAUCAGGCGCUGGAAACAGAGCGUGUGAAGGUUCAGUCUCUUUAAAUAGAGGACUGGAGCACGGGUGGCAGCCAGGGUGGGGGCAGCUGUGGAUUGCACUUUAUAUAAAUGGAGAUACACACUUCCCAUCAGCUUAUUUUCAGAAGUCUUAGGGGUAAAUGUUCUUAUUUUGGUGAGACUGUAAUAUAUGGAGCUUGGAAGAUGCGGACGUGACGUGAAGUGUUUGUGUUGCCAUUUGCAUUGCAGGGUCUGGUUCUUGCUGAGCCUCUGUGCAUGGUGGCAGUCAGAUACCGACCUCCUGCACCCCAAAAUCCAAACCCGCGUAGGCCCUCAGUCCCAAGGCUGGGUGGGCUCUUCCUUUCCAUCAUGGCUUCUCAUUCACAGGCCAGUAGAAUCAGUGAUGGAAAGCCACGUUGUUCUUCCAGGCUCUCAGCACUCUCACCCCUUGCCCAGCCUGUUGGUUUUGGACAUGCCUGGCAACACGGUUGUGAUGGGGUGCCUGCGGGGUGUGAUUGAGUUUCAGGGUGGUUUCCUGUUUGCUGAACCCCAAAGGGACUUGGGGUGAAGGUGGGUGGGUACUGCGAUGUGCUGGUGGCAGGAGGGACGGGGGACACGGGGCCAUGCAGGGCUGUCUCCACCCCCACCCUCAGUCUUCUGUUGCUGGGAAGAUUGCCCCACUCGGCCCCAGCAGACACCAGAACCCUUCCAGAGCACAGAUCCGUGAUUCAUGCCCAACCUUCUGCUCCAGUGACAUCCUGCAGGCUUCCCUUGUUGCUGGGGAGGAGAGAGGCAUCUCUGAGAACAUCCCGGCCCUUGCCACUGUCCCCAUCAUCCUCAUGACCAGCGUCUCUGCCGUGGGUUUUGUAAUGGUCCCGGGUUAAUGCUGAAGCUCAGGUCAGGUUGUGGGGUUCAUCCCAGUGAGGGUCCCUCGGUGGCUGCACCUUUCCCAAGGGAAGGCCUUUUCCCUUUUUUGAUGUUUCUGCUGCUUCAUCCCAGGACUGGGGCUGCAGCUGGGUGUGGAGUGAGGUUCUCUCCCAUUCACUGUAAAUAGCAUCGCCAGUGGUGCCGCCCUGCCCUGUGCCAACUGCCCCGUGGGCACCGGGUUCAAAGAAAAAUGGAGGAAAAAAGGAACACUCCUUCAACAUGAGCACAAUAUUCAUAUGUUGAGUUUUUUGUAAAAGGAUCCAAUAAAUGGAGAGUUUAACUUGA